AUGGCGCAGGAUAACAAUAACCAGCAGCCCACGACGGCACAACUCGACGAGGUUAAAGCAGCCGUGCGCCAACUCCUGCACCAGCCCGAUUACGACGACGGAUCCGCAGGCCCGGUCCUUGUGCGACUUGCCUGGCACGCAUCAGGCACAUACUGCGCAAAGACCAACACGGGGGGUUCGAACGGCGCCGGGAUGCGCUACGAGAAAGAAGGCGGCGACCCAGCUAACGCCGGCCUCCAGCACGCACGCGCAUUCCUCGAGCCCCUCAAGGCCAAAUUCCCAUGGAUUACAUACGCAGACCUCUGGACGCUCGCCGCCAUCGUGGCGAUCAAAGAGAUGGGCGGGCCGGAAAUCCCCUGGCAAGGCGGCCGCACCGACUUCGCCGACGACAGCAAGAUCCCGCCGCGGGGCCGGCUCCCCGACGGCGCGCAGGGCGCCGAGCACCUGCGCUUUAUCUUCCACCGGAUGGGCUUUACCGACCAAGAGAUCGUCGCGCUGUCCGGCGCGCAUAACCUCGGCCGGUGCCACGGCGACCGCUCGGGGUUCGAGGGCAAGUGGGUCAACAACCCGACACGUUUCUCGAACCAGUACUAUAAGCUGCUGCUUGCCAACGACUGGAAGAAGACGACGCUGCCGAGCGGGGUCACGCAGUUUGUGUACAUCGAGGAGGACGACGAGAGCGCCGCGACGGAGGAUGGCGAGAAGACGAAGGAGGAGGGUCUGAUGAUGUUGCCGACGGAUAUAGCGCUGUUGUCGGACCCGGCGUUUCGCCCGUGGGUUGAGAAGUACGCGGCGGAUAAGGACUUGUUCUUCGAGCACUUCGCUGCCGUGUUUGCUAAGUUGCUCGAGCUGGGCAUCAAGCGGGAUGCCAGCGGCAAGGUCAUCAACGAGGAGAAUGCUGAGGAGGGGUAUAAGAGCGCGCCGAAGAAGAGCGAUACGGCUACGGCGCCGGGAGAUCAGAGUUCGGGCCAGGUUGGCCAUGAGGCGCGUCCGUUGAAGGAGGAUAAUGAGAAGGCUCGUAAGAGGAGGGAGGGCGCGAAGUUAUAG